AUGAUAACUUACUGUUUUCCAGAGGCUGUCAUCGGUGACUGGAACGCAAACAUCCGAAUUGUCAUGGGAAUCGUCGGAGAUGAUUUAACGGGCGAAUGGCGCAGCGUAUAUGGCAGCGCGAAUGAGGUGCUGCAUAUUGCAGAGACGGCCUGCUUGAAAUAUGACGAGAUGGCGAAUACUGUGAAAUUACCGGGCUACAAGAACUUUACUUGCGUUGUAACCGGCCCAGACCGAGGGUAUUUGAAAGCGGAUUUUAUGAUGCAGUUGGAGUCAGAUGAAGUGGACACCAACACGUUAACAAAAGGGGACUUUGAAAAGCGAAACACAGGAAUUGGUUACGAGCUUACUAACUUGCAACUUAUACCCAUAAUUGCUCCACGUUAA